AUGGAUAUCACUGGUGGCAUUCUAGCAAAGAUUUUAACAGAAAUGAUCAAAUUCAAUGGCGAAAUGAAGAAGAUGCGAGAAGAUAUUCAGCAAAUGAACGGGUCAACACAAAAGCUCAACACUUCGAUUGAAGGAAUGCUCAAGAAUCAAGCCGAAAUGUAUCAACUUUUUGAAAUGUUACCGUUGCUACUCUGCGGACAACAACGACUCCUGGAAGCUCAUGGAAUAAUUAGUGCUACAGCGAAAAUCCUAGAGGUUGGAGAACUCCCAAAAAUAGAGACACCAGCAAUAGAUAUCUCUAACCUUUUUGGAUUGAUCGCAAAUCAACCCACCUGCUCAAAAUUCGAUCCUUCAACUACAUCCAACGAUGAUGAAAAGGAGAGCAAACGGCGAAUUCGUCCCACCACCCCUGAAGAUAUUCGGCAAAAAGCUAGAGAAAGUGAGCUACGGUGGAACGAGAAGAAACUCGAAGAAGUGACUACCGAAACCGAAAUCAAACGACUGAAGAGAACGCUCUAUAAUCGUGAAAGGAUUUCCAAAGAAACCGCUGAAGAACGGGAACUUCGUCUUGAAAAGAAAAGAUAUGCUCGAAAAAUGAGCUUGCUGACCGAAACGCCCGAAGAUCGCCAACUUCGUUUGCACAAAAAGCGAGUGGCCAAGCGGCGAAAAACGCAACGCGAUGGAUCGUCCCAAUCUGGAUCUGUGAAUGACUUGGACUUGGAGCAACGAAUCAAUCUGGAAAUGCUAUGCAAUGGCUCU